AUGGUCAACCUCUCGACAGUUCAAGCAUCCAAUGCAUCCUUGCCCAAGACCUUGUUCACCCGCAACGGUCCCGUCGGGGUCUUCGUCGGCGCAACUAACGGAAUUGGACGAGCAUCUCUCUUGGCAUUCGCAAAGUACACCCAACAACCUCGACUGUAUUUCAUCGGCCGUUCGCAAACGGCUGCCGAUGAGGUCCUGGGCCAGUUGAAGGAUGUCAAUGCUGGCGGUCAAUAUGAGUUCGUCAAAGCGGAUGCGAGUCUACUUCGCAAUGUAGAUGAGAUAUGUCAGUCAAUACAAGCCAAAGAGACCAGACUCGAUAUCUUGUUUCAGAGCCAGGGCACGCUGGACUUCUCUUCAGAAACCUCGGAGAAACUUCCUCUCAUCAUGGCCCUUGGCUACUAUUCCAAAAUGCGAUUCAUCGCAAAUCUCCUCCCCCUGCUGCAACGUUCCUCCACCCCUCGCGUGGUGGUCGUCUUGGCCGGUACCAAAGAAGGACCCGUCAAUCCCAACGACAUCCCCGGCAAGAAAGUCAAACCUUGGCAAGCUCGCGGACAUCUCUGUUCCAUGAUGACCCUCACCAUGGAACGCUUCGCACAGUCGGCUCCAAGCGUGAGCUUUGUGCAUAGCUACCCCGGCUUUGUACGGACAUCUCUCGAUCAGUCAAUCAAGGGUGUUACCGGGGUGGUCAUGAGGUCGAUCUUCUCGAUUGUGAACAUGUUUGCGACUCAUAAUUGGAUAUCACUCGAGGAGACGGGUGACAGGCAUGUCUUCUUGUCGACUGCGCCUCGAUACGCGGCGAAGGAGCGGUCCGCUGGUCUGUCGAGUGAAGGGGGCGGAGUGGACGGACCCAAGGCUGUUGUCGCUAGUAAUGGUCAGAUCGGAGCAGGUGUCUACACGGUGGAUGAGUUUUGUGAGAGCGGAGAUGCCUCGGUGCAGCAAGUUCUACAGAGGCUAAGAGAGAAUCGGACGGAUCAGAAGAUUUGGGAGCACUUGAACGAUGUGUUCAAGCGAGUGACUGGAAAAUCUUCUAUACAUUGA